GUGGAGUUUCAGGAUGAGUCGCAGCUGCUUCUGAAGCGUUCAGAGAUCUACACACUGGAACAGGAGCUGCCCAAGAGAGUCAGCGCACGCCUGGUCCUGACGAAUGAGCAGCAGCAGCAGCAGCAGCAGCAGCAGCAGCAGCAGCAGCAGCAACAACCACCGCAGCAGCCAAUGGACACGCAGCCUCCACAGGAGGAGGACGACAGCGAAGCUCAGGCAGCCAAGAGGCCGCGCCUGCCCACUCCAACCCCGACCCCCCCUUCACAACCCCCCCAGACACAGCAGCCGGCCCCCUACAGCCCCCGCCUCUCCCCCAGCCCCUCCGCAAACACACCACCACCACCCCCACCCCCGGCCCCAGUCCCGCGUCCUGGCACCGCCACUGUCAUGCCAGCCCCCGGGCCCUACGGCCACAUCCCCACCCCUCUGGGGUCACCGACGCAACCCAACCCCCCCUCCUCUCCCUUACAGGCCAACUCCCCAAGCCCCAUGCCCAACAACAUGGCCCAGAAUCCAACCCAGCAUGCAGCCCAGAAUCCUGCGCCGCAGCCCCCAGGCCAGUCCUCGCAGCCCCCAGGCCAGUCCCAGCAGCAGCAGCAGCAGCCUCAGCAGCAGCAGCCUCAGCAGCCUGCCCCGGGGCAGGAGCCCGACUCCUACACCCCCAGCUCGGGGUACGUGGCCUACAUGGAGGCCCUGCUCAACUCGAACUUUCCCUCCGACGGGGAAACCACCCCAGAGACCACCCAGGGGGUCAUGUAUUAAACAAACACACACACACACACAUACACACACACACACACACACACACACACACACACACACACACACACACACACACACACACACACACUCCUAUUCUUGCUAUAUAGAUAUUGACACACAUACUUUAAUAUAUAUUAUAUAUGUCUUAUAUAUACACACACUGUCACGUUUUGUGUUUUAUACUGUACACUCGUACAUAACCCAAACAUGUGAACACCAAACACACACACACACACACACACACACACACACACACACUUACACAUGUACACACUCCAGCUCCCCCUUCCCAAUUAAGUUCCAGGAACGAACUGAAAAACGAACUGGUGUUGUCCGUCUGCAUGUUUGUUUUUUCUGUAUGUUUGUCCGAUACUUUAUUUUUCUGUUUGGAUGUUUUUGUUUGUUUGUUUGUUUAUAUGGGUUAUUGACUGCUGUUGUCAGCCAUGGUGCUUUGGCACAAAUUUAUUGAUAAGCAGGCGGGAAUUGAAUUUGUCACUCAGUACCUCUCUCAAAAACACACACACACACACAGACAUACACACAACUCUGACGCCCUACCCCACAGUAGGUGCACCCCCUCAUCACCAUGAUAUGCUGUUACUUUAUGUGUUCAUAAGUAUUUUUCUACUGUGGGGCGCCAAACACGGAUACUCCAACACACUCACAGACUCGCAGCUAACUCGUACAAAGGUCUGAAGAGAGGGCACACGCAGAUUAUUUGGGUGGGGGAGGGCAAGGGAGGGAAUAACUUCAGGUGGGUGGGAGGGGUGUAAUGCAAUGUUAUGUGAGGGGGGUUGAGGGUGGGAUGCAGUGUUUCUGUGUAAUUUGUAUAGCUUAUAUCUGAGAGGGUGAAACGAGGUCAAAUGUGCCUGUGGUGUGCGUGAAUGUGCACUGCACACACCUCAGUUGUCUCCUCCACUCUUUAGCCGAACACUGAGUGUGGGAUUUGUGUAAUGUUGGGAGGUGGUUUUGUCAAAAUGCAAACACACACACUCGCACACACAGACACACAUACACACACACACAGACACACAAGAGAGCAUGUAGUGCUGCCUCUGGGAUGGUUUUUGUAGCACUCUUGGUAAAAUAGAUCAUUGUAUACAAUAUGCUUUGUCUCUUUCUAUUAAGUGAAUCUAAUUUCAUUGAUGUUAUGCUUUCUAAUGUUAUGAUUUUGUGGAAUUCUCAAAUUGUGUCAGAGAACGUUAUAAAAAGAGAUUGUUUUGACAGAUUUCUAACUCUUAUUUUUUAGAGAUUUUAGACGCAUAAAAGAAUCCAACUUUUACUCCUGCAGUUAUGAUAAAGUACGUUUUUUCCAAGGAUUGUGAAAAUAAAACUGGUGCUAUCAGGGGCCUGCAGGCCGCA